GCACGCUGAAUACGCUGUCAAAUCAGCUGUUUGCGAUAUUCGUUUUCAUGCCACUCAAAUUGAACUAUCUAGUUGCAAACUUAAUCCAUGGACACGACGGAACAGGGGCCUAAGGAGGUGCCCCUGGCGCUGACCCCGGCGGUGCUCAGCUUGAGCAAUUGCCCGGGCACGACCCCCGGAACGCCGCUGAGCAAAAAUCAGCUGAAGAAGCAGCGCAAGCUGGCGGAGUUUGCUGAACUCCGGAAGCUGCGUCGCGAACGGGAGCGUGAGAAAAAAAAGCAGAAGCGCCGGGAGUCCAAGGAGCUGGGUCUGCCCCUCCGGACGGGCCCCUCCCGCAAGGAGCUCAAGAAACGCCAGGUGACAGACGUCGGAGAGUCCGUCCUCUCGGUUGCUAUUGAUCUGGACUACGACGAUUUGAUGCAUGAGCGGGACAUCGCCAAGUGCGUGAAGCAGUGCCUCCGCAUCUACACCAUCAAUCGGCGCAGCCCACAGCCGGGCAAACUGCACUUCACUGGCAUCCGGCGUAACGGCCACAUCCACGACUCGUUCAAGAAAAACGACGGCUGGGAGAACUGGCACGUGCAGUACCAUUUUGAUCGCGGGCACGCCGAUGUCUUCGACCGCAGCCAACUGGUCUACCUCACCUGCGAGUCGGAUCGGGUGCUGGACAAGCUGCAGGCCGGCUGCACCUACGUCAUCGGGGGCCUGGUGGACCACAAUCACUUCAAGGGCCUGUGCCACUCAAGGGCCACGGAGGCGGGCUUAACCACCGCCCGUCUCCCUCUGAGCGAGCACGUCGACAUGAAAACCAGGGCCGUGCUCAGCACCUACCACGUCUUUGAGCUGCUGACCAAGGUGGCUGCCGGCCAGGACUGGACUGCGGCCAUACUGGACACGAUUCCCAUGCGCAAGGGAGCCAAGGCGAAAAUCACAGAGAAAAAGGAUGAGCCGUGUCAGGAUCUGGAGCAGAAGGACGAAAAACCGGAUGCUGAGUCAAAGAAGCCCACCGAAACCGCCAUCGAGUCUGAAAUCGAAUCCCACUCUUUGGACAGUUGACAACAGUCGACAUCGCAUUUCGAGGUCUUUUUGAUUUUUAUUUCAGUUUCUUUUGUUUUUACAAAAUCACAUUUAGUUUUGUUUCGCAAAAUAAAUUAUAACUUAAAAUACAUAGCGCAAAUAAUAUUAAGAAUACAAAAAAGUGUGUUACUGGAUUUAAUGUUUAAUUUAUGUUUUACAACGCACAAUGAUGGCCAGCGCCAAGUCGUCGAGAGAGGGAUAACGUCUUCUGAUUUGUGCACGUUACGUUAUAUGGCGAAUGCGUUUCAAGAUAGCACCGAACCAAAAUUUUUGUAUGUUUUUUUAUUUGCGUUUCUUAUUUGCCACUUUUUUUUGGUUUUCUCAUUGCUGUUUCAGGCUUUUGAUUUGGAUUCAAAUUAAGUAACUUAGCGCCCUUACAGCGACAUCAAUAUAAACCAUACAUAUACAUAGGUAAGUGUGUCUGUAGUAUAUAUGUACAAGUUGCGUGCCGUCGCUCGUUGUUGCUUCUGCUUGUAGUCAGUAGAUAAACACAAAGGACAAAUACAAACUUAACUCAUAAAGUAAAAUAGUAAUAAACAAAAAUGUACAAAGCAAGAUAAAGGAAAUCAAAAAUAGGGAAAACUUUUGGCUUAACUUUAGGAUAGUUUUGGAUGAUUAGUUUAGUAUAUAUGUAUAUAUAGCACUACUGUAUAGCAAAAUAUAUAACUGAUCUCCACCAGGGAAAAUAGAACCGCUCCAAUCGUUGGCGUCAUCUGUUU